AAAACAAAAAAUAUCAGUCCGACACGCCGACCCGUAGCAGUGGGCGGGAGAAGGUAGAAUCGGAUCUCACGACACGACGCAUCCAACUACCGGUCAGACAGGGAGUUGGAGGAUGAGCAUUGCGUUCCAAAUAUGGGGUAAUUCCUACGCAUCGGAGCAAAACCUUCAACGACUGUUAGGCGGUAACGCCUCCUCCAUCUCCAUCCAUUCCCGCAAAACUCACAAAAAAAUCAAACCCCUCUCUCUCUCUCUCUCUCUCUCUAUCAGCCAACCCAAAAUUACAGAGAAAUUCCUAGAUUUUUAGUAUAAACAAUUCUCUCUGAACCUUCCUUGCGUCAAUGUCCUCCGACUCCAGCUCCUCAACCUCCGGCGACGACCCCAAAAGUGGGCAAGAUAGCCCCAAACCACUCGAACAUCAAUUUGCAUCCGUCGCAUUGAGUGAAGCGCCGGGAACUGUGGGUGGUUUCGAACAAAGAGUUGACAACAAUUUUGAGGUUGAUGAGGUGGGACAGAGUGUCGAGCAUGGCGUGAUGUGGAGGAGGACGAAUUCGGAGCUGGAAGUGGAUGGGCAGUCGAGCCCGAGUAGCAGUGGCUAUGCCGGUGAAAGGGGCAGUACCGGUGCCAGCAGUGCUGCGUCGGGGAUUGACGGGAUUGUCGAGGAUGGGAUACAGCAAGCGAGGAAUGAUGAUUCAGUCGAUGGGUCUUCGGAUUUGUCGUCAUCUUGGGUGCCCGGCAAACGGCACCUCGAUGAGGAUGAUGCUUCCAUAUCAUGGAGAAAAAGGAAGAAGCACUUUUUUAUUCUAAGUAACUCAGGCAAACCAAUAUAUUCCAGAUAUGGAGAUGAACACAAGCUAGCAGGAUUUUCAGCAACGUUGCAGGCCAUUAUUUCCUUUGUGGAGAAUGGGGGGGACCAUAUCAAAUCAGUCAGGGCAGGAAAACACCAGGUGAUUUUUCUUGUGAAGGGACCCAUAUACUUAGUUUGCAUUAGCUGUACAGAGGAGCCUUAUGAGUCGUUUAGGGGACAACUGGAGCUAAUUUAUGGUCAGAUGAUUCUUAUUUUAACAAAGUCGGUAAAUAGGUGUUUUGAGAAGAAUCCGAAGUUUGAUAUGACACCCUUGCUUGGAGGAACUGAUGUUAUCUUCUCAUCUUUAAUCCAUUCUUUCAGUUGGAAUCCAGCAACAUUUCUUCACGCAUACACAUGUCUUCCCCUUGCUUAUGCAACAAGGCAAGCUGCAAGUGCUAUAUUACAAGAUGUUGCCGAUUCAGGUGUUCUAUUUGCAAUAUUAAUGUGCAAGCACAAGGUUAUCAGUCUUGUUGGUGCUCAAAAAGCUUCACUUCACCCUGAUGACAUGCUACUACUUGCCAACUUUGUUAUGUCAUCAGAAUCAUUUAGGACUUCCGAAUCUUUUUCACCAAUUUGCCUGCCAAGAUAUAAUCCCAUGGCUUUUUUGUAUGCUUAUGUGCAUUACUUUGAUGUUGAUACAUACUUGAUUUUACUUACUACAAGUUCAGAUGCCUUUUAUCAUCUUAAGGAUUGCAGGAUUCGUAUUGAAGUGGUCCUUUUGAAGUCAAAUGUUCUCAGUGAAGUUCAGAGGUCCAUGCUAGAUGGCGGGAUGCAUGUCGAGGAUUUGCCUAUCGAUCCAUUGCCUCGUUAUGGAUCUUUAUCUUCACAUCUGGGCCAACCUACAGAUUCUCCUGAGGGAUUCAGAGAAUUUACGGGCAUUGGGGGUCCAGCAGGACUCUGGCAUUUCAUGUAUCGCAGUAUAUUUCUAGAUCAAUAUGUAUCUUCCGAUUUCUCACCACCAAUUAAUAAUCCACGACAGCAAAAGAGAUUAUACCGAGCUUACCAUAAACUUUAUGCUUCUAUGCAUGCUACAGGAGUUGGUCCUUACAAAACUCAGUUUAGAAGAGAUGAAAAUUAUGUUCUACUAUGUUGGGCCACCCCAGAUUUUGAACUAUAUGUGGCCUUUGAUCCACUUGCAGAGAAGGCAUUAGCUAUAAAGACUUGCAACCGGAUUUCCCAAUGGGUGAAAGAUGUGGAAAAUGAAAUAUUUUUGCUUGGAGCAAGCCCCUUUUCAUGGUGAUGCCGAUCGCUCUUUAAUACAGCAUGUACUAAGUUCUUUUGAUAUGGCUGCAUGUACUAUAGUUAUUGUUUUAUUUAAUAGAAUCCCAGAAAAGUUUUUCCCACACGCUUUCAUUAGGAUGAUGAUGAUGAUGAUAGUGAUCUUCCAAUUUGUUAAGUAACCCUUUAGAGGAUUUCGUACUCUCAUAAUCAUUUUGUAAUAGUAGUGAUAUAUCUUCUACUAAUAAUAAAAGGAAAAUAUACAGAUCAAUAGAAGGUAUUUGGUGCAACAUACAAUUGCUGGUUGUAGUUCCGAGUUCUUAAUAUGACAGUGAUGAACUUCUGUCCAUGUUAGACAUGCCAU